CCUAGAAUAGUAGAUCGGUUAACAUCAGAGGCCUUAAAUGAAGAUGUUGAAUUUCAUGCACGGCGUCUUCAAGCUUUAAAGGCUCUUACAUAUGCACCUUCUAGCAGCUCUGAGAUUUCGCAGAAGUUAUACGAAAUUGUUUUUGGCAUUCUAGAUAAGGUUGCUGAUACACCACAAAAACGCAAGAAGGGCAUCCUUGGGACGAAAGGAGGUGAUAAGGAGUCUAUUAUUCGGGGUAAUUUGCAAUAUGCUGCAUUGAGUGCGUUGAGAAGACUUCCCUUGGAUCCAGGAAAUCCAGCUUUCCAUCAUCGUGCUGUGCAAGGUGUCUCAUUUGCUGAUCCAGUUGCUGUGCGGCAUUCUUUAGAAAUUCUCUCUGACUUAGCCACAAGUGAUCCAUAUGGAGUUGCAAUGGGAUUAGGGAAACUUGUGCAGCCUGGUGGGGCUCUACAGGAUGUACUCCAUAUGCAUGAUGUUCUUGCUAGAGUUGCACUUGCUAGGUUGUGCCACAGUAUAUCCAGAGCUCGGUCAUUAGAUGAAAGGCCAGACAUUAAGACUCAGUUCAAUUCAGUGCUCUAUCAGCUACUUCUUGAUCCUAGUGAAAGAGUUUGUUUUGAGGCAAUCCUUUGUGUGCUGGGUAAAGUUGAUAAUGCUGAGAGGACUGAGGAACGAGCCGCUGGGUGGUAUAGACUGACCAGAGAAAUUCUUAAGCUUCCAGAAGCACCAUCAGCUAAAGACUCAAAUUCUGAAUCAAAGGAUGCAGCUCCGUCAAAGUCCUCCAAAGAUAAGUCUUCAAAGACAAGGCGUCCUCAACCUUUGAUCAAACUUGUGAUGAGGAGAUUGGAGAGUUCUUUUCGCAGUUUCUCUCGGCCUGUACUUCAUGCAGCAGCACGGGUGGUGCAAGAAAUGGGUAAAAGUCGUGCUGCAGCUUUUGCUUUGGGCUUACAAGAUAUUGACGAAGGAGCUUAUGUUAACACCUUUCCUGAGAAUAACGACUCAUAUGAUCAAGAUCAUAAUGAAACUUCUCACCCUGAAGGCAUACGCCGAGUUUCCUCGAUAUCUAAUGCCACUGGUGCCAAGGACACAAUUGCAAGUUUAUUGGCAUCAUUAAUGGAGGUGGUGCGGACAACUGUUGCAUGUGAAUGUGUUUAUGUUCGUGCAAUGGUAAUAAAAGCACUGAUAUGGAUGCAAAGCCCUCACGAGUCUUUUGAUGAAUUGGAAUCCAUCAUCGCUUCAGAACUGUCAGACCCAGCUUGGCCAGCACCGUUAGUGAAUGAUAUAUUGUUAACACUUCAUGCUCGUUUCAAGGUACUUAGAGCCGGGUAAAGGCAUUAUCUUUGCAUUGUUGUCUAGGUUUUGUAUGGUAAACAAUUAAGUGAUCAUCCUCAACAUAUCUUGUCUUUA